GCCGAACAAGGCAGAAGCGCUAGAUCGGCAGAAAUCGCAAAACUGGCCAACGAAAAAAGUAUAACGACGAGAGGUGACCAUGAUCAGUUGGUGACACGACUAAAAGAAGCGGCUAGUCGAGUGACGGAAUGGAGUAAUACUGGCGAGCAUAUCAUGAACGUUACUCUGGCGGAAAUGGCGGCGAUGUAUCGCCUAAGAACGCUGAUUAAAAUUUCAGCUAAUCUGGUUGAGUUAAUCGCAAGGGCAAAAAUAUGGACCAAGGAGAAUGUGACGUUGAUUGAGAAAAGUCGAACUGGGAAUGUGUUGCCGAUGACACUCACGAUGUUUGAAGCCACGUGUGCAAUCGCGGAAAUUUUCCAACUGAAAUCGAUUGAUCGAUCUACUGCCAAGAGAAGUCAAGGAAGUACUGGACAGGCUUCCUCCUAUGUACACGAAAGUCGCGACUGA